AUGGAAGAAGAUGGGCCGAGACUAGCCAAGAUGAGGCAGGCUUAUAAGCGAGCCAUACAAGAGAUCCUUAAGGAAAAAGAGAAGAUAAAAGAAAUACUUAUUGACCCAAACACCUCUGCCGAGGAUUCUUUUUUUUUAAACAGCUCUAAGGCUACCAACACAUCUCGAGGAAAUCCUGAGAGGGAUACCGAGGCAAUCUCGAAAGCAAUUGAAAAUGUUUUUCAAGAUCUCAAGUCAAGGCUAUCUAGUAUCUUUAAAAAGAAGCUGGAGGUUAAUGAUAUUGAGAAUAAGCUCAACCGGCUGGACAGAGAUGUUCUUGAAAAUAGAACCAGCUUCCGAGAUGUAACUUCUAAGGAAUACAUCAAAGAGAUUUUUGAAUCGUACCUUGUUGACACCAAGGUUAAGUACAUAGACUACAUUGAGGAAACCAAAAAGGAAGCUUUGGAGAGAAUAAAGAUACUAAAAGGCGAACUUGAAAAGGCCACAGAAGAAUUAAGGUUGUUGAGGGAGAGAAAUGUUCUUUUUGAUAAUGCAUACAGCGAUAUGAUUACCAAAUUCACAGAGGCUGUGAAGAACGGAAACAAUCGAUGA